AUGGAACAAAAAAUUAAUUCAAUUUUUUUUUUCAAAUUUUUUUCAUUUUUCCUUUUAAUUUGGAGACUCUACUUUAACAAUAAUAUUAGUACACACAGCAAAUUAUUGAAAGUAAAGUACAACAUCAAUAUAAAUUUAAGUACAAGAACUUAUAGAUCAUUAACAAAAUAUAAGCAGGACAAGCAUACAAAUAUUUUAGCAUUAAAAGAGAUACAUUGCAAUGGAGUAAACCAAAAAAAUGAUAUAUAUAAUAAUGAAAAAAGAGAUAAUGUAAAAUAUAUACAAUUAACUGGAAGUUCCUUAAACGAAAUGGAAUGCCAUAAACAAACUAAGAAAAACAAAUCUUAUAUAUUUGAAACAAAAAAAUGUUCUCGUUCAGAAAAAAAAAUAUUUAAAGAACUUGAUUAUAUAAACUUUCUUAAAAACAACAAAACUAUUAGUAAUAAGCUUUACAACAAAAUAAUACGUAAAAAAUACGGACUAAAAAUUACUUCACCUUUAAUAUUUUUAUUGUUGUUCUUAGUAGUAUUCAUAUUAGAUUUAUUUGUUGGUUAUGGCUUUAUAAAAGGAUUGUUCAAAGUAUUUACCGCUUUGAAAUUAUGGGGUGGACUAAAACCCUUUUAUUCAUUUUUAAUGAAAUCCCCUUUUAAAUCGCUGUGUUUACCCGUGAAUAUAACAAAGUGUACAAACGCAGGUAAAAAAUAUUUUCCCGUUUUAGAUGUCUUUUUUGUUUUUCUAAUAUAUAUUUUACCUUUCCUUAUAUUAGGUGCCUUAACUGUAUUAAGGCUUAUUUAUUAUCAUAAGAAGGUUAAAAAAUAUGAUAAAAUUAAGUUCAGAAAAGGGUAA